UACUUCGUUUCUGCAAUCUCAUUCCCAAUCCGAAUCCCUAACGUUUUUCAGAGUUCCAAAUUCCUAAUGGCUCCCAAAUCAGCAGCAGAGAAGAAGCCUGCGGAGAAGAAACCCGCAGAGGAGAAGAAAUCCACGGUGGCGGAGAAGGCACCACCGGCUGAGAAGAAACCAAAGGCCGGCAAGAAGCUACCAAAGGAAGGUGGUGCCGCCGCCAGCGACAAGAAGAAGAAGAGAAACAAGAAGAGCGUGGAGACUUACAAGAUCUACAUCUUCAAGGUUCUGAAACAAGUCCACCCAGACAUUGGUAUCUCGAGCAAGGCCAUGGGAAUCAUGAACAGUUUCAUCAACGAUAUCUUCGAGAAGCUUGCUCAGGAAUCUUCUAGACUCGCUCGCUACAACAAGAAGCCAACAAUUACUUCAAGGGAGAUCCAGACCGCGGUCAGGCUUGUGCUGCCCGGAGAAUUGGCCAAGCACGCCGUGUCUGAGGGAACAAAGGCUGUAACCAAGUUUACAACAGAGAAGAAGCCCGCGGAGAAGAAACCCGCAGAGGAGAAAAAAUCCACGGUGGCCGAGAAGGCACCACCGGCUGAAAAGAAACCAAAGGCCGGCAAGAAGCUACCAAAGGAAGGUGGUGCCGCCGCCAGCGACAAGAAGAAGAAGAGAAACAAGAAGAGCGUGGAGACUUACAAGAUCUACAUCUUCAAGGUUCUGAAACAAGUCCACCCAGACAUUGGUAUCUCGAGCAAGGCCAUGGGUAUCAUGAACAGUUUCAUCAACGACAUCUUCGAGAAGCUUGCUCAGGAAUCUUCUAGACUCGCUCGCUACAACAAGAAGCCAACGAUUACUUCAAGGGAGAUCCAGACCGCGGUCAGGCUUGUGUUGCCCGGAGAAUUGGCUAAGCAUGCUGUGUCUGAGGGUACAAAGGCUGUAACCAAGUUUACCAGCUCUUGAACAAAAUCAGGGUUUUGUUUGGGGGUUGUUUACUGCAGACUUGUAUCCCCAAGUCUGGUUUAGUUUUCCAUUAGAAUCAUGUUUAGAUCUGCUCCAGUAUUGCCUUUUUUUUUUUUUGCUAAAAAAAAAUUUAACUUGUAAGUGAAGAAAUGGAGUUUGUUGGAUCCAUGUGUAUGGAAUAGCUUUUCUUUGAAUCGAAUAUAUUUUGGGAGAUCCGUUUGAACAUUA